AUGUCGCAGUUGAUCACUUGUCGUCGGAGUGUGACCAAUAAGCUUCCCGCAUUAUCAGCAUCUACUGCUCCAGGUCGAACACCGCAGAGACUUCCACCAGAGGUGGUGAAAUACUUCAUAGAUCCAAAUGUCGUCGACCCACCAAAUAUGGAGUUGCUAUUCCCACAUGUAGAUUCGGCUUUGCCUGUAGCAUAUGGUGUUUUGGGCGUUUUACUGUUUUAUGAAGUUGGGCAUUUUGUGGCUGCUUUCCCAAAGAACGUAAAACUUAGCAUUCGUUUCUUUAUUCCUAAUAUUGCUCUUGACAGCUUCGGUGCAAUAACUCAGUUUAAAUCCAUUCUUCCUGAUCCGAGCACAAAAGUCAACAUAUCACUGGCGGGCCCCUUUGCUGGUGCUGCACUGUCAUUGUCAAUGUUUGCUGUAGGUCUGCUGCUCUCGUCUAAUCCCAACGCUACAGGAGAGUUGGUGCAGGUUCCUAGCAUGCUGUUUCAAGGUUCUUUGCUUCUUGGACUCAUCAGAAGAGCCAUCUUGGUUUACAGAUCAACGCAUGCUGCGACUGUUCCAAUUCAUCCUCUUAUGAUUGCUGGCUGGUGUGGGUUGACAACAACAGCUUUUAAUAUGCUUCCAGUGGGCUGUCUUGAUGGUGGAAGAGCUGUGCAGGGCGCUUUUGGAAAAAAUGCUCUAAUUACCUUUGGCUUAAUGACAUACACGAUGCUUGGAUUGGGAGUGCUUGGCGAACCUCUCUCACUUCCAUGGGGACUCUACGCCCUAGUUUGGUACUGA